GACACUUGGAGAGGUGCCUUAUCCACCAAAACGCAAUCGGAUUCCAUAGCAGCUGUCAACUCGCUGCAGUUUACACAAUUGAUCUAGACGAAGGAGUCGAGCUUUCCAGGGAUGACCUUAAAGAACUGGUCAUCGCCGCUUUAGGAAAAACACUAUGUCGCCAUCCUGUCUUAGGAACUACCCUGAGAGACGCGGACAGUGCACGGCCAACUUGGAAAAGGCUUGAGCAUGUCGAUGUCCGAAGGAUUGUACAGUUUAUUGAUGCAGACUACCAGUCGAAUAUCGAAAAACUGAUGGAAGCUGAGCUCCAGAGAUACCUCAGACCGACGGAGGAUCUUCCUCUGUGGCACUGCCUGGUUGUUGUUCCCAAUAUGACAGAGUUCCUGAACUCAGUGUCAUUCGCCAUGUCCUUCUCUUUCCAUCGUGUCGUUGGAGAUGGCUAUUCCGCGGUAUACUUCCACCAGACAUUUCUCGAAGCUACCAACUUACUCCUGUCUACCGGCGAUCGGGUUGGUGGUCUGAAGCUUACAGCCAACCAAGACGUCCAGGUCCCUCAUCUCCCUCUGGUUCCGCAUCUGGAGGAAAGCAUGGCACUUCCUCUUACACUUAGCUUUUUGCUCUCCAAGAUUUCCAAGUACUUUUCUGCAAGUCUGUACGCCCCUGCCGAUACCAUUGCCUGGUCAGGGCCACCUAUAAGGGGUAUAGAAGAACAACCACCCACCAGCUAUGGUCGGGCAUUUCAGCUGUCCCGGGAAGAAGUCGCAAGGGUAGUGAGUGUGACCAGACAGAAUCAAACAACAGUGACGGCGCUCAUCACAGUGCUCACUGCCCGGCAACUAGCCCGGCUGUAUGGACCGGCCCACAGCCGAUUUAUUGGCUCAGUUCCUUUCUCGCUUAGGAAGUUCUUGAGGAACCACAAGCCAGGCGAGAUGGGGCUAUUUACUGGAGCAGCCGAAGUAUUGUUUUGCUCUGAUAACAGCCGACUACAGGGAUACAUCCCUUGUGGAUCUAGCAUUACCCCCACACGCAAGAGUUUGGCCGAGGAUGGGGCCUUGUGGAACAGCGUCAGAGCGUGUGGAAAGAUCAUUCAUGAAAGGAGUAAAUCGAAUGUGAACCUUUCGAACGGCUUAAUGAAAUUCAUUGGCGAUUUCAGGCCGUUGUUUUCUAGAUUGGUCGGAAGCAGAAGGCGACAUGCCUUUUGUGUUACUAAUCUUGGGGCUGUAGAUGGCGGUCUAGUAUCACAAUCUCAGGGUGUGCCAAAGACGUCAGCAGCGUUUGACAGACUCCUUUUUUCGGUAGGAAUGUCUGCAAUCAGUGAUCCAUAUACUGUGUGUCUUGCUUCUGUUGCUGGCGGCUACAUGACAGUUACUUUGAACUGGGAUGAGGGUGUUGUUGACGAGAGUGAUGCCCUAUCACUCCUUCGCGGCCUGAAACAGGAUUUGAAUGCUAUAGCCAUGGCUACGGAGGAGCAGUGUACUGAAAGUUCUAGAAUGUGA